AUGCGACCCUUUUACACCUUGUGGACCACCAACCGAUGGUUAUUUGUCCGUGUGGAAUUACUGGGUUCUUUCUUGUCGUUAUUUAUCAGUGUGAUGCUCGUUCGCAAGAUGGAUACCAUUGAUGCUGGCUUGGCAGGGAUUGCAUUGACAUUUGCCAUUCAUUUGCUGGAAUAUAUUUACUGGCUAAUGCGGCAAUCGACCACGGUGGAUAUGCAUUUUGAAGCCGUGGAACGCAUCAAUGAAUUUGUAAACCUUCCACAAGAACCGCCCGGCAUUGUCGAAGGAUGCCGACCACCUGCAGCCUGGCCGGUGACUGCGGGCAUUCAGGUACGCGAUUUGACUGUCAAUUUUGGUCCGGAUGAGCAACCCAUGCUGGAACAUGUUUCGUUCAACGUUUUGCCUGGUGAGAAAGUGGCCAUUCUCAGUCGUGCCAACGGGGAAAAGGAAGCAUUGAUUGCUUGCUUUUUCCGAUUUGUCGAUCCGCUACGUGGCUCCAUCAAGAUCGACGGUGUGAAUAUCGCUUGGAUUGGCGUCCAAGAUCUUCGAUCGAGAAUGACUUUUAUUCCAAAGACGGGAGGAAUGAUGAAUGGCACGAUUCGCAGUAAUUUGGAUCCAUUCGGUGAAUACGACGAUUAUGAGCUGUGGCAGGCUUUAUACCGCGUUGAGCUGGCAUCGUUACCUUCUUCUGAAACUACAGAUAAUAACAAUGGUAACAUCAUUGAAGACCUGGAUAUGGAAAUACAAGAAGACGAUGAACGGCUGUCCAUCGGGACCAGGCAACUCUUGUGCAUGGCGAGAGGCAUUCUUCGCGAUUGCACAAGGCUGGUUAUCAUGGAAGAGGUCGACCUGACCGAUGAAAUGAAUCACAAAAUUAAACAUAUUAUCCACCGGGAAUUUGAAGGAUCAACCAUGUUAGUUAUUACAAAUCGUCUUCAGAGUACCCGCCAUUAUGACAGGGUGUUAGUAUUCGAUCACAGGAUAGUUGCUGAAGAUGAUACACCGGGGGAAUUGCUUAGCAGUCAAAGUAUGUUACGAUCGCUGUUUGAGCGAGCCGGGAUUCUAACAGAAGAAGAGGAAAUGGAAGAAGAUCUAGAGGAAUAG